CGACUGCACUCCCGGGGACAGCCUCUCCCGGACCCACUCGGGGAGGGGGCGGCUAAGGCCCGGGGAGACCCGCGAGGGGCAAGCCCGGAUUCUUGCGGGCCGCCUUUCUGCGCGCGCCGGAGAGAGACACGGUGGUGACAGGGACGCGCAUCUCACUUCCCCCCAGCUCCGGAGAGGGAUGGCGGGGUGUCGGCGAGUUCAUCGCUGGACAGUUACUAAUGCCAGCAGUUACUCUGCAGAGAUGACGGAGCCCAAGUCGGUGUGUGUCUCGGUGGAUGAGGUGGUGUCCAGCAGCAUGGAGACCGCUGAGACGGACCUGCUGAAUGGGCAUCUGAAAAAAGUAGAUAACAACCUCACGGAAGCCCAGCGCUUCUCCUCCUUGCCUCGGAGGGCAGCUGUGAACAUUGAAUUCAGGGACCUUUCCUACUCGGUUCCUGAAGGACCCUGGUGGAGGAAGAAAGGCUACAAGACCCUUCUGAAAGGAAUUUCCGGGAAGUUCAAUAGUGGUGAGCUGGUGGCCAUUAUGGGCCCUUCCGGGGCCGGGAAGUCCACGCUAAUGAACAUCCUGGCUGGAUACAGGGAGACGGGCAUGAAGGGGGCCGUCCUCAUCAACGGCCUGCCCCGGGACCUGCGCUGCUUCCGGAAGGUGUCGUGCUACAUCAUGCAGGAUGACAUGCUGCUGCCACACCUCACUGUGCAGGAAGCCAUGAUGGUGUCGGCACAUCUGAAGCUUCAGGAGAAGGAUGAAGGCAGAAGGGAGAUGGUCAAGGAGAUACUGACAGCGCUGGGCUUGCUGUCUUGUGCCAACACGCGGACCGGGAGCCUGUCAGGUGGUCAGCGCAAGCGCUUGGCCAUCGCGCUGGAGCUGGUGAACAACCCUCCAGUCAUGUUCUUCGAUGAGCCCACCAGCGGCCUGGACAGCGCCUCCUGCUUCCAGGUGGUCUCGCUGAUGAAAGGGCUCGCUCAAGGGGGGCGCUCCAUCAUCUGCACCAUCCACCAGCCCAGCGCCAAACUCUUCGAGCUGUUCGACCAGCUUUACGUCCUGAGUCAAGGACAAUGUGUGUACCGGGGAAAAGUCUGCAAUCUUGUGCCAUAUUUGAGGGAUUUGGGUCUGAACUGCCCAACCUACCACAACCCAGCAGAUUUUGUCAUGGAGGUUGCAUCCGGCGAGUACGGCGAUCAGAACAGUCGCCUGGUGAGAGCGGUUCGGGAGGGCAUGUGUGACUCCGACCACAAGAGAGACCUCGGGGGUGAUGCCGAGGUGAACCCUUUUCUUUGGCACCGGCCCUCUGAAGAGGUAAAGCAGACAAAACGAUUAAAGGGGUUGAGAAAGGACUCCUCGUCCAUGGAAGGCUGCCACAGCUUCUCUGCCAGCUGCCUCACGCAGUUCUGCAUCCUCUUCAAGAGGACCUUCCUCAGCAUCAUGAGGGACUCGGUCCUGACGCAUCUGCGCAUCACCUCGCACAUUGGGAUCGGCCUUCUCAUCGGCCUGCUGUACUUGGGGAUCGGGAACGAAGCCAAGAAGGUCUUGAGCAACUCCGGCUUCCUCUUCUUCUCCAUGCUGUUCCUCAUGUUCGCGGCCCUCAUGCCCACUGUUCUGACAUUUCCCCUGGAGAUGGGAGUCUUUCUUCGGGAACACCUGAACUACUGGUACAGCCUGAAGGCCUACUACCUAGCCAAGACCAUGGCGGACGUGCCCUUUCAGAUCAUGUUCCCCGUGGCCUACUGCAGCAUCGUGUACUGGAUGACAUCGCAGCCGUCCGACGCCGUGCGCUUCGUGCUGUUUGCUGCGCUGGGCACCAUGACCUCGCUGGUGGCACAGUCCCUGGGCCUGCUGAUCGGAGCUGCCUCCACGUCCCUGCAGGUGGCCACCUUCGUGGGCCCGGUGACAGCCAUCCCAGUGCUCCUGUUCUCGGGGUUCUUCGUCAGCUUCGACACCAUCCCCACGUACCUGCAGUGGAUGUCCUACAUCUCCUAUGUCAGGUAUGGGUUCGAAGGGGUCAUCCUCUCCAUCUACGGCUUAGACCGAGAAGAUCUGCACUGUGACAUCGACGAGACGUGCCACUUCCAGAAGUCGGAGGCCAUCCUGCGGGAGCUGGACGUGGAAAAUGCCAAGCUGUACCUGGACUUCAUCGUACUCGGGAUUUUCUUCAUCUCCCUGCGCCUCAUUGCCUAUUUUGUCCUCAGGUACAAAAUCCGGGCAGAGAGGUAAAACACCCGAAUGCCAGGAAAGAGGAAGAUUAGACACUGUGGCCGAGGGCACGUCUAGAAUCGAGGAGGCAAGCCUGUGCCUGACCGAUGAUGCAGAGACUCUCCUGAUCCAACCCCUAGAACCGCGUUGGGUUUGUGGGUGUCUCGUGUUCAGCCGCUCCGCCCAGCUGGGUUGGGUUCUCUCCAUUCCCCUUUCUAGCUUUAACUAGGAAGAUGUAGGAAGGUCGGUGGUUUUUUUUUUUUUUUACAUACAGAAUUUUAAAUACCACAACUGGGGCAGAAUUUAAAACUGCAACACAGCUGGUGAUGAGAGGCUUCCUCAGUCCAGUGGCUCCUUAGUACCAGGCACCGUGGGUCCUGGAUGGGGAACCGCAAGCAACCUCUCGGCUGAUGGCUGCACAGUCAGAUGUCUCGGGGCAGAGGGGCCGAGCACGGAGCGAUUCCAUUUUUUGACUGUUGUUUUUCAUAGUUUCAUCUUUCUAAGGUGUGUCUCUUUUCCAAUGAGAACUCAUUUUUGCAAGCCAAAAGUUGAUCAAUAGCAUUCAUUUGAAGAAACUGUACCUUUUUAGUAUUUGCUGAAGAAUGAUUCGGGGUAAAUCACGUACUUUGUUUAGAGAGGCAAGGGGUUUAACCGAAUCACCUAGCUGGUCUCAUACGCAGACAGCACUGGUGAAGGAUUGAAUGCAGGUUCCAGGUGGAGGGAAGACGUGGACGCCCUCUCCACUGAGCCAUGCAGAAAUUUUUAAAAGCUAUACAAAACAUUGUAAGAAGACAUUGGCCAACUCUUUCAAAGUCUUUUAUUUUCCACGUGCUUCUUAUUUUAAGCAAAAUAUAUUGUUUGUUUCUUCCUAA